UUCUUCUUUGAGGGGAGAAGAGAAAAGAGAGAGAGAGUGUGUGUCAUGGCUGGAGUGGGUUAGAUACUGAAUCAGUUUCUAAAGAAAAAAUGGAAAAAUAAUAAAGAAAAUAUGAUGAUAUGAUCUCCUUUUUCGAUAUUUGUUCAAGCUCUAUUUGUCUUCUCUCAAAUAUUUUGGAUUCCAACCCUCUCUUUUAACCCUUCCUUUCUUUCUUUCCCCUAGUUUUCUUCUAUUAAGAAGCACAAUAGCAAAGAAAAGCACAAUAAAACAAUUUUCAUGUACUGUCUUUUUUAUGUGAUGUUGGAGUGAGAGAAUUUCAUUCAACCUACCUCACGCUCACGCUCACACUCACACUCACAAGGCCUCCAACCUAGUCUUCCAAAAUAUUCUUGAUUUUCCCUACUCUACUACUCCUAUCUUUCAUCCUUAAAUUUACUCAGACAGAGAAAGAAAGUAAGAGAGAGAAAACGCUCACUUGGAUAUUUCAUGGAUCUGGUUGUCUAGUUUUUUGAAAGAAUUUCUUCAGUAGUAGAAGUCUAGAAGAAGACGAAGAAGAAGAAGCAUUUUCCCGAGAAAAUGGCAGCCUCUGAGAAACCAGGCACCAAAGGCCAAGCAUGGUUUUGCACGACUGGGUUGCCGAGCGACGUUGUAGUUGAAGUCAAUGAAAUGACAUUUCAUCUCCAUAAGUUUCCAUUGAUGUCGAAAAGUCGAAGACUUCACGACCUGAUAACCGAGCAAGAGACGAAUCCUAUUGCCUUUUCUUCAACUCGAGAUCAAACUUCUACCUCCGCCGCCGCUGAACCAGGAGAUGACGACGACGACGACGAAGUCGCUGGCGUUGACGAAAUUGAGGAGGUCCAUUGCCACAUAGUCCUUUCUGACUUUCCCGGCGGGUCGGAUACUUUUGAGUUAGCGGCGAAGUUCUCUUAUGGGGUCAAGAUUGACUUGACCGCUUCCAAUGUUGCCCCUCUUCGCUGCGCCGGUGAGUUUUUGGAUAUGACGGAGGAGUAUUCUGAGGACAAUCUCAUUUCGAAGACAGAGAGGUUCUUCUCCCAAUCCGUGCUCAAAAGCUUGAAGGACUCCAUUAAAGCUCUGAAAUCAUGUGAGAGGUUGAUGCCUCUAGCGGAGAGCUUAGGGAUUUCACAGAGGUGCAUUGACUCAAUCGCCUCGAGAGCUUCCUCCGCCGAUCCAACUCUGUUCGGUUGGCCGGUAAAUGACGGAGUUGGUGCCACCAACGGCGGCCGAGAUUCUUCGAGCCAGAUUUUGUGGAAUGGGAUUGAGACCAGUAGGAGGAGAAAAGGACUCGCUAGAGCCACCAAUGCGGAUUCAUGGUUGGAAGAGCUAGCUAUAUUGAGUUUACCAUUUUUCAAGCGCUUAAUCUCCGCCAUGAAAGAUCGAGAUCUAAGUCCUGACAUGAUCGAGAGCUGUUUGAUUCACUACGCCAAAAAAUGCAUCCCCGGAAUUUCACGUACGAAUAGGAAGCCAUCAUCAUCUACGUCAUCAUCUUCUUUGGUAGUUUCAGAGAGCGAACAGAGAGAGCUCUUGGAGACAGUGAUUUCGAAUCUGCCUUUAGAAAAGAGUUCUGCGAGAUCUUCCACCGCCACAAGGUUUUUGUUCGGCUUAUUGAGAACAGCAAACAUACUAAACAUUUCAGAAACUAGCAAAUCGACAUUGGAGAAGAAGCUCGGUUCGCAACUGGAGCAAGCCACUCUCGACGAUCUUCUAAUCCCAAGCUACUCUUAUCUGAACGAGACUCUCUACGACGUUGAUUGCGUCGAGAGAAUAUUAGCUCACUUCUUAGACGGAUUACAACACAGAAAUACAGAUGGAAUCGAAGACGAAGACGAAGCUGGUGACGGUGGCGAAAUCAAUUCACCCGCAUUAAUGCUUGUUGGGAAAUUAAUCGACGGUUAUCUCUCGGAAAUUGCCUCCGAUGCGAAUCUGAAACCUGAAAGGUUCUACAAUCUAGCUAUGUCUCUACCAGAUCAGGCCAGACUUUUCCAUGACGGUCUAUACAGAGCCGUAGAUGUUUAUCUCAAGUCUCAUCCAUCAACAGCGGAUUCCGAUCGCGAGAGGAUCAGCUCCGUUUUAGAUUGCCAGAAACUCACAUUGGAGGCGUGUACACACGCGGCGCAGAACGAACGGCUACCGCUGCGCGCGGUGGUUCAGGUUCUAUUCUUCGAACAGCUCCAGCUCCGCCACGCAAUCGCGGAGAAUCUAAUCGCUGUGGAGGCGGCACAAACCGACGCCGGCAGGCCGUCAGUUCUACGAAGAGAACAAGAAGAGGCUGAAGAAGUUGACGAAGACAACCAAAACGACGAAGUUGAGGAAGAGCUACCGCGGGCGGCGGCUCACGACGGAGGUGCAGGAGGAGUCGUGAGCAGCACGUGGAGAGCGGCGGUGAGAGAGAAUCAGGUGCUUCGAUUGGAUAUGGAUAGCAUGAGGACGCGGGUGCACCAGCUGGAGAGGGAGUGUUCGACGAUGAGAAAAGUGAUUGAGAAGAUCGAUAAGGCCGGGCCGGUGGGAGAAGAAGGCGGCGGUGGCGGUGGUUCGUUGGUCAAAGGGUGGAGAGGGUCGUUGACCAGAAGGUUUGGGUGUAAGUUCAAGACUCAAGUGUGUGAUUCUCAUGAGCCUUCGGUUGUGGAUGUUCGAAAAGGAGGCGGAGGCGGUGGCGGUGGUGGAGGAAGACGACUCCACCAUCAUCAAUCAUAGACCUUCCCUCACACGAUCAAAACCUACUUGGCUUCUUUAAGUGGGUCCCAUGUUAUGUCACACUUUUAAUAUUAUAAAGUUCAAAAUUUAUAAACCAGAAGUGUAAUCCAUGAUUUCUCAUGCUCAUGAUCACUGUUCCCUAGCUCUAAAUUGGAAAUAAACAUUUCAAACAAAUAAAAAAAAUGUGAUCUUUUUUUGUGUGUUAAA